UUUUGAACAGGCAAAAACAGCAGUCUACCUACAAAGAACUUGCCAGGACCCCACCCACUCCCCUCUGAUCAUGGCAGAUGCGGGAAGUUACCAAGCCGGUUUCGGCCCCAGGAUGUGGCAGCAAUGUGCCCUGCUCCUGUUCCUGUCCCUGCUACCAGUGGUAUCUGGAGAAGCUGACUCCAAGGCUGUCACCACUAGUCUCACCACCAAGUGGGCCUCUACCCCUCUGCUGCUGGAGGCCAGUGAGUUCCUUGCAGAAGAGAGUCAGGAGAUGUUCUGGGAUUUCGUCGAAGCAAAUCAGAACAUCAAAGGGGAACAUGAUGAUACAGACCAGGCGUAUUACGACCUGAUCGUGAAGAGAGCCAGUGCUCUGCUCAGCACAGUCCAACUCAACAUGCUCAAGUUCGCCCUCUCUCUCAGGGCCUACUCCGCUACUGUACACUCCUUCCAACAAAUAGCGACCAACGAGCCCCCUCCAUCCGGCUGCUCAGCCUUCUUCAAUGUCCAUGGAGAGAAGUCAUGUGACACGGAGAAACUGACUGCACUGAUGGAGACCGCAGCAGAACGGCCCAAGCCCUACCUAUUCAAAAGCGAUCACAGGUUCCCGGGAUCAAAUCCCGACACUCCGGUUAUUAUCCUGUAUGCCGAGAUUGGAAGUUCGGAUUUCACAAUGUUCCAUCAGCUGAUGCUGUCCAAAGUCAACAAGGGACUGGCCACCUAUGUGCUUCGUCACUACCUGGCUUCUCCCAGCAGUCGUAGAGUGUAUUUGUCUGGUUAUGGAGUGGAGCUGGCCAUCAAGAACCAGGAAUACAAGGCUAAGGACGAUACACAGGUCCAGGGAGCGGAAGUGAAUGCUACACUGAUGGGGGAGAAUGACCCAGUGGAUGAGGUCCAGGGAUUCCUCUUUGGAAAACUGAAGACUCUGUACCCUGAGUUGAAGGAGCAGCUGAAGGAGCUCAGGAAACACCUGGUGGAGAGCACCAAUGAGAUGGCUCCCCUUAAAGUCUGGCAGAUGCAAGAUCUGAGUUUCCAGACUGCAGCUCGGAUCCUGGCUGCUCCAUCUUCAGACGCCCUGAACGUCAUGAGAGACCUCAGUCAGAACUUCCCUACCAAGGCUAGGUCGAUCACUCAAACAGUGGUCAGCUCUGAGAUACGUAAAGAGAUGGAAGAGAACCAGAAGUUCUUUAAGGGAACUCUGGGAUUGCAGCCUGGAGACUCUGCUCUAUUCAUCAACGGACUACACAUAGACCUGGACACACAGGACAUCUUCAGUGUAUUUGAGGUUCUCCGUAGUGAGGCCAGGGUGAUGGAAGGUCUGCGUUCUCUCCUUAUCGAGACUCCCUUCAUCCACGACAUCCUCAAACUCAACGUACAGCCUUCUGACUCGGACUACGCUGUGGACAUCCGCAAUCCUGCUGUCAACUGGAUUAAUAACCUGGAGACAGACAGCAGGUACGGCUCAUGGCCCUACAACGUCCAGGAGCUCCUCAGACCAACCUUCCCCGGAGUCAUACGACAGAUCCGGAAAAACUUUCACAACCUCGUGGUGAUUCUGGACCCGACCCAUGAGAGUUCUGCUGAGCUGUUGAAUGUUGCUGAGAUGUUCUACAGCAAUAACAUCCCACUCAGGAUUGGACUGGUGUUUGUGGUGUCUGAUGUUGAUGAGAUCGAUGGUAUGGAGGAUGCAGGUGUGGCUCUGCUCCGGGCCUUUAACUACAUCACAGAAGAGCUGGACGCUCCCGCCGCCUUCGACACCAUCAUCUCGAUGUUUAACCGUGUGCCUAGCGGUGGUAAGCUAAGUGUAGGUGAUGUCGUCAAGGUGUUGGAGAAGAAGUUUCCCUAUGUGGAGGUCGGCAGCAUUCUUGGACCAGACUCCACUUACGACGACAACCGGAAGGAAGGGCGUGGUUACUACUUGCAGACGGGUGUAGGUCCGUUGCCAGUGGUGAUGUACAACGGAAUGCCGUACCAGCGAGAACAGCUAGACCCAGAGGAGCUAGAAACUGUCACCAUGCACAAAAUACUGGAGACUACCAGCUUCUACCAACGGGCUGUCUACAUGGGUGAGUUGGCCACUGAUCAAGAUGUGGUGGAUUUCAUCAUGACCCAACCCAACGUUGUCCCUCGUAUCAACCCUCGAAUCCUGUCGACUGCCAGGAUGUACCUGGACCUAUCUAAUACUAAUAACCAUUUUAUAGAUGAGUACGCUCGCUUUCUGUUCCUGGACAGCAGAGAGAAGAGCACUGCUGUGGCUAACAGCAUGAACUACAUGACCAAGAAGGGGAUGGCCCCCAAGGACCACCAUGAUGAUGGCUACAUCCGUCCAGUCACGUUCUGGGUUGUGGGAGAUUUUGACCAACCUUCCGGACGCCAGCUAUUAUACGAUGCCAUCAGACACAUGAAAACCAGUAACAACGUGCGAUUGGGCCUGAUCAACAACCCUAGCGACAGCCCAUCCGAGGAGAACAGUCAUGUUGCCAGGGCGAUAUGGGCCAGCAUGCAGACCCAGACAGCUAACAACGCUAAAAACUACAUCACCAAGCUGGCUAAAGAAGAGACCGCUAAGGCACUGGAGACUGGGGCCGACGUCACACAGUUCACUGUCGGGGGUAUGGACGUUGCCUUGUUUAAGAGUGCUUUUGAAGGUCCUAAGUUUGACUUCCUGCUGUCUCACGCUGUCUACUGCCGAGACGUUCUCAAGCUGGGGAAAGGACAGAGAGCAGUCAUCAGCAACGGACGGCUCAUUGGUCCGCUAGAGGAAGGGGAGGUCUUUAACCAAGAUGACUUCCUCCUAUUGGAGAGUAUCAUUUUGAAGACCUCGGGAGAGCGAAUCAAAAGCAAGGUCCAGCAGUUUGGGGUGGAGGAGGACAGGGCCAGUGACCUGGUGAUGAAGAUUGACUCUCUGCUCUCCUCUCAGCCCAAAGGAGAGGCCAGGAUAGAACAUGCCUUUGCUGAUGACCGAUACAGUGCUAUAAAGAUCCGACCCACAGAGGGAGAAGUCUACUUUGACAUGGUUGCCGUGGUAGACCCCGUAACCAGGGACGCCCAGAAACUAGCCCCGCUCCUAUUGGUGUUGAAGAAGCUGGUCAAUGUGAACCUGCGCGUGUUUAUGAACUGCCAGUCCAAACUCUCAGACCUGCCUCUCAAAAGUUUCUACCGGUAUGUGUUGGAGCCUGAGGUGUUGUUCCAGACUGACGGUAGUUUCUCCCCUGGUCCCCUGGCUAAGUUCCUGGACAUGCCUCAAACUCCCCUCUUCACACUCAACCUCAACACCCCUGAGAGCUGGAUGGUGGAGUCUAUACGCACUAGAUAUGACCUGGACAAUAUCUACCUGGAAGAGGUGGACAGUAUAGUAGCAGCAGAAUACGAGUUGGAACAUCUGCUGCUGGAGGGUCACUGUUUUGACGUGAGUACAGGUCAGCCCCCCAGAGGACUCCAGUUCACCCUGGGAACCCCCUCCGACCCUGUCAUCGUCGACACCAUCGUCAUGGCCAACCUGGGUUAUUUCCAGUUGAAGGCUAACCCAGGAGCCUGGAUCCUGAAGCUGAGGAGGGGACGGUCUGACGAAAUCUACAAGAUCUACAGUCAUGAUGGAACAGACUCUCCAGCAGACGCUGAUGACCUCAUCGUGGUGCUGAACAACUUCAAGAGCCGGAUCAUCAAAGUCAAGGUCCAGAAGAGGCCAGAGAAGUUCAGUGAGGAGCUGUUGAGUGAUGGAACCCAGGAGAACGACUCGAGCUUCUGGGAGUCACUCACCAGAGGGUUUACAGGAGGUGUGAAGACGGAGGAGAGUAAACAGGAGAAGGAUGAUGUCAUCAACAUAUUCUCUUUGGCCUCUGGACACCUCUACGAACGUUUCCUCAGGAUCAUGAUGUUGUCUGUUCUAAAGAACACCAAAACACCAGUCAAGUUCUGGUUCCUCAAAAACUACCUGUCCCCAGCAUUUAAGGAGUUUAUCCCGUACAUGGCAGAGCAGUAUGGUUUCCAGUAUGAACUCGUCCAGUAUAAGUGGCCGCGGUGGUUACACCAGCAGACUGAGAAACAGAGGAUUAUCUGGGGUUACAAGAUCCUCUUCCUGGAUGUCUUGUUCCCUCUGUCCGUCGACAAGUUCUUAUUCGUGGACGCAGAUCAGAUAGUGCGUACCGACCUGAAGGAGCUCCGUGACCUUGACCUUGAAGGAGCGCCGUAUGGCUACACACCGUUCUGUGAGAGCCGGAGAGAGAUGGACGGCUUCCGCUUCUGGAAGUCGGGCUACUGGGCGAGUCACCUCGCUGGACGCAAAUAUCACAUCAGUGCUCUGUAUGUGGUAGAUCUGAAGAGGUUCCGUAAGAUAGCAGCAGGAGACAGACUGAGAGGACAAUACCAAGGCCUGAGUCAAGACCCCAACAGCCUGUCCAACCUCGACCAGGAUCUGCCUAAUAAUAUGAUCCACCAGGUGCCUAUCAAGUCUCUGCCUCAGGAGUGGCUCUGGUGUGAGACUUGGUGUGACGACAACUCUAAGAAAAAGGCCAAGACUAUAGAUCUGUGUAACAACCCCCAGACCAAGGAGCCCAAGUUGCAGGCAGCUGUUCGUAUCGUAGCAGAGUGGAGCGACUACGACCAGGAGAUCAAACGCCUGCAGAACAGAGUCCAGGAGAGAGGAGCAGAGAACCAUACCACACAGAAGGACAAGCCAGAUGAUACACAUACAGAGUUGUGAGGCCAGCGGAUGGAAGAUGUGGCUGUAGCAGCAACAAAAGAUGGAACCAUGUUAAUAGACAAUGCUGUUCUCCUUUGGAACAGCAAUGAUAGACGGACUGCAAACCAAUACUCAUUCAAUCAUUAAUUUUCCAUUUAUUUGUAUUUUCUCCGUUGAGAGUGGCGAGGAUACGGGAUAGGGAAGGGGUGCUGGGUAGGGAUGAUAUGGGGUGACUGUUAGUGGAUGGUGUGGGUCUGAAAAAUCGGACUAUUCCAACAGUUUCCACCUCCAAUAUUUUUGAUCCAUUCAUGUUUGUACUGAUUAGGACACCUUAUUAAACAACUGUCUGUGGGUAGAGGUUUGGGCUUAGGAGUUAAAUCACACUGAUAAAUAGCAGCUUAAGUUAUGACAUGAGAGUUUUGUCCUGUUCUAUGCCUUCUGUUUCUGUGCUUUAGACUUCAGUUGUCCAUGGCCUGUGUCAAACUCAGGGAAAGGUGGUUUUGGCCAAUCGAUCUGAUUCAAUCUCCUAAUGACAAUACAAAGAGGACUGGAGCGACAUUUUAUUUAAUGUGAAACAGACAUUAGUUCUGUCAUGUAGUAAAAUAGGGAUUCAUAUCUCUACAAUACAAUUUACCUGCAACAUUCAGAACGUUGCAUCCUUGUGAGCAUGAUGUGGAGUUAAGGGAUGUGUGGGUGAGGACUGGUGGGGACGUAUCAGCGACAGACAGCACUAGGAGUUCCGUGAUCACUCAAAUCGAUUGUAACAGCGACUUGAAAGGCAGCAGGCAUAUGACUAGAAUGUUGUAGUUCAGGGUGGCCAAUCUUAUCCACAAAAGGUCUGUGGGUGCAGUUUUAUUUUCUAGCAAUACACCCAUUUCAUCUAGUCAGUCUUUAAUGAAGAUCAUGAUUCAUGGGCUUGUUGAAUCAGACUGCUUGACUGGAACAAAGCCUAGGGUCAGAUUGGCCACCAGUGCUGUAGUUAACUCCUGUUUUCUCCGCUGUGGUCUGUUCUGGAGUAAACACUGUUAGUCAUCCAUUGCCAACCGCUGGCUGUUUCCGUUCUUUGUUUUGGCUAAAUAUGUCCUGUUAAUUGUGGGAAAUCAUUAUUUUGUAAUAAAAACCAAGGAACCCAA